UUAUCUUACGGAUUCUUUAUGGAAACCGCAGGUUUAAGAGUGGAGAGCGUCAACAGCAAGAUUUUUUCAAUCGGCUUGGCCAGAAACGUCGCUCCAAAAGACGAGCUAUGCAAACCCGUAUCGUUGACAGUGCUUUACAAUAACACCGAAACAAUUAUAGACCAGCGCCUAGAUAAGUUAGACUUCAACAUCUCUGUUUACGAUUGCAAUUGUGGCGAACACAAAAUAACUCUCACCAUAACUGACUCACUGCCUGACACGUAUCUUUUCACUUGCAUGAACUGUCAAGUACCACCAGAAAGAGAAGACCACACUCUGCUCAUCUCAUUGUCAGUUGCAUUCAUUUUUUUAAUUCUGGCCGUGCUUCCUGCCCUUGGAGUUUGGUUUUGUAGUAAAAAAUGGAAGAAAACUAUGCUUACCAGUCCACCGUCUGUGAAAUAUUUAAAAAGCUCGGAGAGAGCCACGAUCCAGAAAUCCCCACUGAUUGAAAAUCAAGAUGCCGACGAAAGGCUGAGUCAUUGCAAUACAACGGAAGUUGAGCAAUACUUGCAAUCUGCCCUUGUUGGAAACUUCCUGAAGGAGCAGUUCGAGAAAUUUCCGCGUGGCCAAACUCAAUCAUGGAAUUAUGGCACCAAACCGGAAAAUAAGAGCAAGAAUCGCUACAAAAAUUUGGCCGCCUACGACUCAUCACGAGUGAAACUGCAACUUCUGCCUGGAGACGCGAACUCGGACUACAUCAACGCCAACUAUGUCGAUGGAUACAAACAGCCAAAGGCUUACAUCGCCAGCCAAGGGCCAAAAGCAGACACCCUAAACGACUUCUGGCGAAUGGUUUGGCAGGAGAAAAUUUCGUUAAUUGUCAUGGUGACGAACAUCCUGGAAGGUGGAAAGAAAAAAUGUGAGGUUUACUGGUCUGACGUCAAACAGGAAGUGAGAUACGGCUUCGUGACUGUUCGCACAAUAAAGGAGGAACUUGGUUCCGAUUUCUUGAUAAGAACCAUGUCUGUUACGCGCGAUCAAAUCGAACGAAUCGUCCGGCAGUUGCACUACACAGGAUGGCCUGACCAUGGAGUGCCGAACGGUACGCAGUCGAUGGUGAAUUUCAUCGAUGAAAUAAAUCAAUACAACAAUAAGCAACCGAUUUUGGUCCACUGCAGUGCUGGAGUGGGGAGGACUGGCACGGUAAUUUUGAUUGAUGCUUGUUUGAGGAUGAAUCAAUCACACGGAAAAAUUGAUGCCUUCGCUAUUUUAACUCGAAUGCGCGUACAACGAGCUAAUUUAGUCGACAAUUUGGCACAACUCGAAUUUGCAUUCUUGGUUCUAUUGGAGAAAAUUGCAAAUCCAAAGUUUGAAAUCAGCUGCGUGAAAUUUUCUGAGGAAUAUAUCAAUUUGAUGAGAGACCAUAAAAGAAGGCUCAGGGAGGAAUUUGCUAAAAUCUCGGUAAUCUGCGAGAGAGAUUUUCAGAGGGCGGAAACACCGGUUAAAAAUGAAACGAACAAGUGCAGACACCCCAAAUUUAUUUCCUCAUCAAACCACAUCGUGCGUCUCUUCCCAUACGAAAAUGUGGUGACAAUGAGUUUCGUCAACGGCGUCACCGUCGACGGAUACAAAAAACCGAAACAAUUUAUCGCCACCCAAGUUCCAAUGAAAAAUACGGUGGAGGACUUUUGGAGGAUGGUCGACCAGUUUAACGUCAAAGAAGUCGUCGUCCUCAACGAGCCACACGUCUCAGAACCUCAAUUUCUUCCAACAAACCAACGCUCACUCAUCUUUGGCGGAAUUGAAGUUAUUUUGGAGAAUUUCGAAGAAUAUCAAUCUGUGAAAACGUUAAACAUCACACUCAUUAAUAAAGCAAAGUACAAAAAUGUCAGCGUGAAAUGUGCCUCAUUCGGCUGGAUUCCAGGGGAAGUGGCUCCGCCAAGCUUGAAAUCACUCUUCGAUCUCUGGGGAACUUUGAAAAUCUCAAAUGAAAAAGAUGUCAUCAGCGUUGUCUGCCAUGAUGGAGUGACGGCCUGCGGCCUUUUCCUCGGCGUUGGCUUCGUAAUCGAAAAAAUAAAACUGGAGCAUGUGGUUGAUCCUGGGCUGGCAGUGCGAACGAUGAGGAAAUCGAGGCCAGCGUUUAUAUCAUCCCAAGUGCAGUACGAACUGUUGCUUGAAGCUGCCAAACACUAUCUAUAUUCAUUUGAUACCUAUGGAAACUUUAAAUAAUAAUUUAUCUACACCAUUUAUUAUUUUUUUGCUCUUUAUAUCCCUGUCCGAGGACCGGAGGACCGGGAAGGGCGCUUACUGCACUAGCACGAAUGCUGAAUUCCGAGUGCCAAUAACAACGCGAACGGAUAAAAUGGGCGCACCAGGCCGCACAGGGACCCAGCCCACUCAAGGGCCACUUGCCUCCGCACCGAGGACUGCAUUGAAACGCUAGACAUCCCGUGAAGCCAAAUGACGCAUGCUGGAAAGGUGCAAAGCAGCCCGUUGAGCAAUUUGAGCAUUUCGAGUCACUAAACUAACCACUUUUUGCCAUCUCUGACAUUGGGUAGCCAGUAUUAGAUCUCCGAACUGCUCAAAUACCUCUCAUUGCUUUGACAUUCCUGAGAGUGCCUUAACAAUGCGAGCCAACGGGCUGGUUAAUUUAUGCUUAAAGCAUUAAUUAUCUUAUUUUAACACUUUAUUCAUUAUCGUGUGUGCACUUUUAUGUACUUUACUUGAAUUAUGCUUAUAUUAAAACAUGU